AUGAGGACGACCCGCUCCACUCUGGCAGAGGAGCAACGUCCCGCUCAAAUAGGAUCCAGCGUCGAAUCCCUGCGCGCCGCCCUCGAGCGCGACCGACAUGGCUUCCGUGCCCUGGCCAGCGCACGCCUGCGCAAGCUCGACGUGAGGCUACACUCGACGAGGAGCGCCCAUGGCAACGAAGGCGCAGACGACCACAGCGCCAGCGCAGGCAGCUACGCAUGCGCAGCAAGAAGCCCCCCCGCGAAGCGCUUUGCCCUCUACGACGCCGCCGAGGCGCAGGCUCGUUUCGAGCGGGCCACGCUCCGUUCGCUCCGACACAUCCUCUCGACGUGUUUGCAGAUCGAGGCGCUGUCCCUGGAGUGCAUGCCACGGGCGCUAGAGCAGCUGUCGCCUCGGCCAGCCUCGUCGCUGUCGGUUUCCAGCGCAGCCAGCCAGGCCAAGCGACUGCAAGAGGAGCGAUCGCAGCAGCGACAGCUCGACGUCCUCGCAUCGCGGGUGCGCCACCUCUCGUGCCACCUGAGCGUCUACGCCGGCCAGUUCAACGACGCCUUCUGGGCGCCUACCCCAUCCCCGUCCACCUCGCCCUCGAACGGUCGCUGGGCGGCAUUGACGCACCUUCAGCUGUACGGUCCGCGCUUCCGCUUCACCGAGGCGACGGCGCGCGCGCUGGCGUCGCUCCCGAGCCUCGAGCAGCUGGCGCUCAUUAUGCCGCUGGUGGUGCAGCAGGGCAACAACGCGACGGGCCUCGAAGGCGGCGCUGGUGUCGACGACGGCGACGAUGCGGUGAGCUGGUCCGACGCGUCGUUUGACCUCGCUGGCCGUCGCAACGUGCUGCAGACGCUGGUGAGCGGUGCACGCCGACUGCGGCUGCUGCUCGUCGUCGGCCACGACAACCGGCAGUACGUCGGCUGGACGGACCGCUAUCGGCCCUGGUUGCGUGCGCUGCACCGACCCAGGCCGAGUUUGCGCUCACGCUCGUCGACGUCGAACGAGGAGGUGUAUGGAGGAGAGGCGGGCACUGCUGCAUCGCCGUCGCUCUCGCUGCUGCGGAUCCAGCUCCUUACGGCCAGGGAGCGUGGAAGCGGCGCCGAAGAGGAAGCAGCGACGAGGAUGACGACGUCGAGGGCGGCACAUCCGAGCCUGUUUGGACGGUGGAUGAUGGACCGCACGGAGCGUGGAAGGCAGUGGUCUUUUGAGCCGGGCUGGUCCCCGGUCAAAGAAGGAGAUGCAGGACACGAGGGCGAUGGCGAGGGCAGAGACGUCGAUGGCGACAUCGAGUUCAGCGUCGAGGCAUGGGAUGCGCAGCAAACGGAGCUCGUCUCGCCCGACGUCGACAGGGACGGCGACAGGGACGGCGAUGGUUUCGGAUCGACGCCGUCGCCGCGUCGUACCCGCGCAGCACCGCCACCCAGCCUCGUCCUCGCCGCGGCCGAGCAGCGGGGCGAGGAGGAGGUGUGGGGUAUCGACAACCUCGACUGA